CAACCGGAAACAAAUCCAUCCAUUGCCAGCAAGGCUAUUUUUGUGACCCGAAUCCAUCAUCAUGCGAACUCCAGGGAUUUUUAUUUUUGGGUUGGUGCUCGCGCCUUGCGGCUGGAUCCUGGAGCUGACCAGCACCGUGGCACCAGCCUGGCGCACGAUCAACAACAUCCCGGGGGAACCCAGCGACCUGGUCCUCCAGCAAGGAUUAUGGGACAUCUGCAGGACUUUCACAUCGUCCCGGGAUAUUCUGUGCAACCAGCAGGACACGCAGUACUUCAGCGCCCAGAUCAUCCAGAUCGCCAGAGGUCUGAUGCUGUCGUCGCUCAUUCUCAAUGUCAUUGCCAUCGGCGUGGCAGCAGUCGGAGUCCGAUGCUGGACUGAGAAACCGCUCUGGACGGUCGCUGGGGUCGGAGGUCUCCUCAUCUUCAUCUCAGGGGUCCUCACCAUCAUCCCAGUGGCGUGGUACACUCACACCAUGACCUCCAUCUUCUCCGCAUCCACCGAUGUUCGUGUGGGAUACUGCCUGGUGCUGGGCUUCAUCGGCGGGAUCAUGGAGGUCCUCGGUGGGCUGGUGAUGUCCAUCGGUUUGUGCCGGCGCUGCAGCGGUCAGAAGCGCGAUCCCUCUCCGCCGCGCAGAGACACGGUGCCCAGCGUCAGCAGCGGCAGCAGCGUCCCGUAUUACUCCAAACAAAGCGAGGUGGACUUCGCACGGGCCAAGAGACAACAGGACAGCAGACCAGCGACUAGCACUGCUUAUGAAGCACGACCUUACGACACAGAUUUGUGAAAGAACUAACUUUUGAUCUUGUGAACAAACUGAACGCAAGAAACCUUACGAAAAUCACCAUGAUAACCGUCGCUUACCGCGUAAAAAUCGCGAUUGUCGAUCAGAUGAAAUCAGCUAGUUUCUCUUUUUAAUGACCGUUCUGUUUAGUGGUUAUCCCUAUUAGAUUUAUUAA